AUGACCAAGGGCUCCGUCGUCGUCGAACCGGACAUCCUUCUUCGGUUCUCUGCGCUUCAUCGGCUGCUACGCGUUACGGCUUGGUGUCGUCGAUGGCUCAACGUGGCGAGCCGGGAGGUCACACCUGGUUGUCCACUACACCCCGACGAGCUGGACGCCGCCCUACUCCAGUGGCUUCGAGUAGUACAGGCGCUCCACUUCCCGGACGAGAUAGCUGCUGCCACCGCAGGACGCUCCGGCCCACCACGCAGUUCACUGAUCAAGCUGAAUCCGUUCAUCGACGACCAAGGUGUACUGCGCGUUGGAGGACGUCUCAAACACGCACUGCUGCCCUACGACGAGAAGCACCCGGUGAUCAUACCGCCGGCCUCCUGGAUGACGCGACUGCUGAUCGAGUCCUGCCAUCGUCGCUCUCUGCACGGCGGCGUCCAGAUGACACUCGGUCUGCUUCGCCUUCGGUUCUGGGUACCACGCGGAAGGACCGUCGUCAAGCAGCAACUGCAUCGGUGCGUCACUUGCACUCGCUGGCGCGCUGCCACGCCACAGCCUCCAAUGGGCCACCUUCCUCGGGACCGAGUGACGCCAACUCGACCUUUCUUGAGCACUGGACUGGACUACGCGGGACCAAUUUCCAUCCGGACCAGCAAAGGACGCGGACACCGCUCACAGAAAGGAUACAUCGCGGUCUUCGUCUGCUUUUGGUCGAAGGCCAUCCACCUCGAGGUCGUCUCGGAUUACAGCUCCGAGGCCUUCAUCGCCGCCUUACGCCGCUUCGUCUCUCGCAGAGGACUGUGUACGGACGUCUACAGCGACUGCGGCACAACAUUCGUUGGCGCCGAUCGCACCCUGCGGGAGCUCUUCAAGGCGUCGACCUCCGAGGGCCUUCACAUCGCCCGCGCCGCCAACACUCAAGGGAUCCGCUGGCAUUUUAAUCCGCCAGCGGCCCCUCACUUCGGUGGUCUUUGGGAGGCUGCCGUGAAAUCCACUAAAUUUCACCUCCGCCGAGUAAUCGGCGACACCACGCUCACUUUUGAGGAGCUUAACACACUCCUCACACAAAUCGAGGCGUGUCUUAAUUCUCGUCCGUUGCAGGCUCUGUCAGACGAUCCAGACGACACUUCAGCACUCACUCCAGGGCACUUCAUCAUCGGCGCCUCUAUUAGCUAUACCUGA